GCGCGCCCCUCGGCUGUGCCGGGAGCCGCGCCAGUCGGUGCCCCCGGCCGAACGCGUUGCGCUUCCCUCUCAGCGAUCAGUAGUCCGGAGUGUAGCCAGCAGACAUGCCGGAUCCACCAGAGGCGCCGCCGCCGGAGCUCGCCGGCCGCGGGUGAAGAAGAAAGUGCGGCCUCGCGUGGCCCGAAGAGGCGGCCCGGAGCGGGGAAAUGGCGGCAACGGGGCUCAGCGUGACGGUCACCCACAGCAAUAAGAAACAUGACCUUCAUGUUACCCCACAACAGGGUGGUAGUGAACCAAUUGUCCAAGACCUGGCCCAGGUUGUUGAAGAGGCCACAGGAGUCCCACUGCCUUUUCAGAAACUCAUAUUUAAGGGAAAAUCUCUGAAGGAAAUGGAGAAGCCAUUGUCAGCACUUGGAAUACAAAAUGGAUGCCGGGUCAUGUUAAUUGGGAAAAAGAACAGUCCAGAGGAAGAGGUAGAACUAAAGAAGUUGAAAGAUUUGGAGAAGUUUGUGGAAAAGGUAGCUGACCAACUCAAAGAGUUGAACAAAGAGCUUACUGGAAUCCAGCAGGGUUUUCUAGCCAAGGAUUUGCAAGCUGAAUCUCUCUGCAAACUCCAUAGGAGAGUAAAAGCCACAACUGAGCAGUUUAUGAAGAUCUUGGAGAAGAUUGACACACUAAUUCUGCCAGAAAAUUUCAAAGACAGUAGACUGAAAAGGAAGGGUUUGGUGAAAAGGGUUCAGGCAUUCCUAGCUGAGUGUGACAUCGUGGAACAGAACAUCUGCCAGGAAACAGAGCUGCUGCGGUCCACAAACUUGGCCCUGGCCGAGUGAAGGGAGGCAGAGAGGCUAUGCUGCCCUGAAGAACACCACCACCAGUUCUGUCUUCUCUGGAACAGAAGCUACCUGAUUUCGCUAAGGCUGUUAAGGACAGUUGGCCGACUGCCAAUUUUCCUACUCCUACACCUGUUCUCAGUGAACAAGUAUUGUCUUUAUAAUCUGAAGUAGAGCUGGUUUUCUAUUUCUGUCUCUGUGGGGCUGUGCUGUCCAGAAGCCCACCAUUGUCUGGAGAGGGUCCCCCUGCCCAAGUCUUCCCAGCUCUUUUGACCUUUGGGUGCUUUUCUUUGGGUUGGAGAGAGCUCUCAUUUAUCCUGGGUAGUUCCAGGUUUAUAGAACACCCUGGUCUUCAGAUUUUUGCCCUUCUAAUUCCAUAGUCCCAUAGAUGUAAACCAAAAUCACCAGGAGAUUACAUGUGGUCAGGAAUGUUGGGAGUGUUGGAACAGGUGUUUGUAGUCUAAAUAUCUCUCGUUGUGACCUAAUUCUGGAACAGCUGGCUGGGUUGUUGGUUCACAGACCCUGUUCUCACCUCCCAGUGACCCUGCCCAGCCAUAGGCCAUGAGGUCUCAGGGGGCUAUUCUUGGGGUGGGGGCCUGUUGUUGAUGCAUGAACUUAUUUGUCCCCAGUCAAAUCUCUAGACGGUUACAACCCAGUGUUGACUAAUCUCUGCUUAAAACCAGAUUCAGAUGCAUGGCUUGGGAGGGGCAGAGAGGGGAGCCAGAGUAAGUAGAGCAAUUAGGUGGUGAAGGCAAACCAUAAACUUCUCAGGAGUUCCUUCUUACACAUUUCUAUUAACUGUACCCUUCUGAGCUCUGUAUUUUAUUUAAGGUUAUUCCCAUCCAUUUUCUGGCCCCCACAUUGUUAUUUUCUUUUUAAAAUAUUUUAUAUAUACAUCAACAAGCAGAAGAGUAUUUAAGCUUUUUUUGUUUGAUGAAGGAUGAGAAGCAAAAGGCUUCUGUGCCUCUGGUUGUAAUUUACAUUAAUAAAGUCAAGGGUGGCCCUGCAUGCUAGAACUCUUAAACUGGUGAGCUCUGUCACCCCAUUUUCCGAACAGUGCCCAGGAGACAGGCUUCCCAGAGGCCACUCUGUGGCUGACCUUUUUUGGCAGAGAGGGAGUCACUGAAGUCCCAGCAAUUUAGGACUGUGUGUGUGAGACCAAGGACAAGGUGGUGGUGGUGGUAGACAGGUGGACAAGGCUUGGCCCAGCACAUCCUACCCACAACUUUAAUCAGAGCAGUUCAGUAUUUAUCUGUUUUAUAUAGUAGCUGUGUGGUCUUGGGCCACAACAUUUAUUGAGAAGUCACUGUUUGCCAGAUACUGUUCUAAAUUCUUUAGGUGUAUUAGUCAUUUAACCCUCACACAAUCUAGGAGGUAGAUACUAUCCCCAUUCUGGAGAUAAGGAAACAGAGAGAGCUUAGGUAAUUUGCUCAAGGUCAUAGAAUAAGUGGCAAAGUCAGGACAUAAUACUGGGCAGUUUGUUGCAGAGUCAAUGCCCUUAAUCUCUGCUGUACUGUCUCCCAACUAACACAGGAUUGCUAGCUCUCAUUUUCUCUCUCUUGCUCUCCUUCUAUCUCCCAUGUUGGUCUCUGGCCCUUCCAGUUCAUUCUCCACCGAACAGCUUGAGUGAUCAUGAAGUGCAAGUCUUACCAUGUCAUUCCCCUGCUUAAAACCCUCCAAAUGACAUCUUAUUUCUCAUAGGAUAAAGGCCAAAGCUUUACCCUCCACCCUCUCCCAUUUCAUCUUGGGCCACAAUCCUGUGCUCUCUGCUGUCAGCUCUCUGGUCUUGGUUCAGGUCCUGACCUGCUCUAUGGCCUCUCCUGCCCUGGGGUCUUUGUAUAUGCUGUUCCUCUGCUUGGCCAGCUCUUCCUCAUCCUUCCUUCUCCCCCCACUCCUUUCCUAGGUGAUUCCUAUUUGUCCUUUAGAACUUAAAUGUCUCUUCCAUGGAGCAAACUUACCUAGUGUUUGAGAACAGCAUGUACAUAAUAAGCUCCCAGGUGAUAAGCUCUCACAGCUUGCUCUAUUACUUUGAUGAUAAGCAGCUUUUAUUGCAAUCUGUGAUGACUUAUUUGUGGAUUAUUUGAUUAAUAUUUGCCUUUAACACUUAACUAAUUCCUUGGGUUAAGGAGCUGCUCUGUAUUGCUAACAGUGUAUUUUAAGCACAUAGUCUGGCUUGUAGUAGGUGCUCAAUAAAAAUUUGGAGAUUGGAUGAAUGUUGAACACAAA